AAUGGCUUCGCGGACUUUUGCAAGGAUCGCAAGCAAACUUCGGUAUAUUGGUCACCGAUCUUCAAAUACGAUUUUAGCAGCUCGAAAUCAUCACUGCGGUAUUGUUAGGCCUCUUCAUUCUUCAGCACGUAAUUUAGCGGCUGCUGCAACUGCUGAAAAACCAGCAACUCCAACACUGACUACUAAAGGAUCCAAAGGACGAAUUGUAGCUGUAAUUGGUGCUGUUGUGGACGUUCAAUUUGAUGAAGGGUUGCCACCAAUUUUGAAUUCUUUGGAAGUUCAGGGUCGAAAAGGAUCUAAAUUAAUUUUAGAAGUUUCACAGCAUUUGGGUGACAAUGUUGUUCGUACCAUUGCUAUGGACGGGACAGAAGGACUCAUUCGAGGGCAAGAAGUUAUCGAUACUGGUGAUCCUAUUAAGAUUCCUGUUGGACCUGAAACUCUUGGUCGUAUUAUGAAUGUUAUUGGUGAGCCAAUCGAUGAGCGAGGUCCUAUCGCUGCAAAGAACUUUGCUCCUAUUCAUGCUGAGGCUCCCGAAUUUGUGGAAAUGAACGUUGAACAGGAGAUUUUGGUGACUGGCAUUAAAGUUGUUGAUCUUCUUGCUCCUUAUUCCAAAGGAGGAAAAAUUGGACUUUUUGGUGGUGCUGGUGUCGGAAAAACUGUGCUUAUUAUGGAACUGAUUAACAACGUUGCUAAGGCUCAUGGUGGAUUUUCUGUCUUUGCUGGUGUUGGAGAGAGAACUCGUGAGGGAAACGAUCUUUAUCACGAAAUGAUCGAGGGCGGUGUUAUUGAUUUGAAGGGAAACAAUUCGAAGGUGUCGCUUGUAUAUGGACAAAUGAACGAACCUCCAGGUGCUCGCGCUCGUGUUUGUUUAACUGGUUUGACUGUUGCCGAGUAUUUCCGUGACAAGGAGGGACAAGACGUGUUGCUUUUCAUCGACAAUAUUUUCCGAUUCACUCAAGCUGGUUCUGAGGUCUCGGCUUUGCUUGGACGUAUUCCUUCUGCUGUUGGUUAUCAACCUACUUUGGCUACCGACAUGGGGAGUAUGCAGGAGCGAAUUACAACAACUAAAAAGGGUUCAAUUACUUCUGUGCAAGCUAUUUAUGUCCCUGCUGAUGACUUGACUGACCCUGCACCUGCAACAACCUUUGCUCACUUGGAUGCUACAACUGUACUUUCUCGUGGUAUUGCUGAAUUGGGAAUUUAUCCGGCUGUUGACCCGUUGGACUCUACUUCGCGAAUUAUGGAUCCUAAUAUUGUUGGAAAUCGUCAUUAUGAUGUUGCUCGUGGUGUUCAAAAAAUUCUGCAAGACUACAAAUCGCUUCAAGAUAUUAUUGCCAUCCUUGGGAUGGAUGAACUCUCCGAGGACGAUAAAUUGACUGUCUCGCGUGCUCGAAAGAUUCAACGUUACCUUUCGCAGCCCUUCCAAGUUGCUGAAGUCUUUACUGGACAUAAGGGUAAAUUCGUCAGUCUUGAACAGACUAUUGAUGGAUUUGAGAAGAUUUUGAGAGGAGAGAUGGAUCACAUCCCAGAGGUGGCAUUUUAUAUGCAGGGAGAUAUAGAUGAUGUCCACAAAAAGGCAGAGGAACUGGCCAAGCAAUAGAGAAUAGAUUUGUUAAAUAAAAUUUUGAAAAAAGAGGAUAGGUUGAAUUCCUCCAAAAAAUAUAGAUUUAAUUAAAAAUUGUUUUUUGUUUGUUUUUAUUAUAAAUUGUGUGUCUUUUUUCGUUAACUUUUUUGUUGACAAAAUUUUUCAUGCUCAAGUUUGAGAUUUGAAUUUUGUCUUUAGCUAAUUUAGUAUGUUUUUUUGAAUAUUCUUUUGCUUCAAUCACUAAUAUAAGAUUAAGCGAUCGAAAGUAUUGUA